AUGGAACUAGUAGUAAUUGCCACGAAAAAGAAGUUAAAUAAGGAGCCAAUGCGACUUAUGCUAAAUGAGAUGGCCAAACAAUCCCAAAUACGAAGACUUACCGUCAUAGAGCUUGACGGCUUGAAGUCAGCAAAGCAACUUGAAAGAGCCAUCGAAGACAUCGAUUUGGCCUCAUCUAUCCUCAUCCAUAAACCUCACGAGUUGUUUUCUUCUGCUAACAAACAGCUUUUGCAGGCCUACACAGAGAUGGAGAACCACUUUUAUUAUGUGCAGGACAAACUAGAGUCUAUCAAGAGGAUACACUCUCGUCUAGAUAUGCACACCAUUCUUUCCACACUGGAGUUAGAAGGAAUGCAUACACCCUGUGUUUACUUGUUAGAAAGCCAGCUGACAGACGAAGCUUUGUUGUGGGCUGACACGCAUUCACCCUUUUUGUUGAAGCCUAAUGAUAGCAAUAAUCAUAAUUUGUACCUCGUAAAGAGUGCUUCGUCCCUGUCUAAGCUCUAUCCUGAGUUGCAGGAUGAGGCAGAACGACGCAAGGCACAGGAGGUCGGCGAGGCCUCUACCGCCGAUGUCGAUCUGCUGCACUGCAACAGCAUCUAUCUGAUGGAGCAGUACAUACCCCACAGUGCGGUGUUCAAACUAUACACAUAUCGAGGCACGAUUAUCCAUACAGACUUUCGUGCUCCACUUCGUCUCCCAGAAGCCUUUCAUCCAGAGGGAUUGUGCGAAGCAUACGGAGCUUGCGACACUUCGGAGGCUAGCUACCGGAAGAUAAAUUCACAAACGUGUCUGGAGAUCCAGACCAGCAUCGCAUAUGCUCCGACCCCCGUGGAAUGGCGCCUGGUCCAGAGCGUUGCCCAGCUGAUUUACGCCUCGCUGGGAUUGUCCAUACUGGGGAUCGAUGCACUGCUUACUCCAACUGGAUUUUAUAUAAUCGAUAUAAAUUAUUUUUCUGGUCCAAAAAAAGCAGAUUGGUUGAACCUUAAAAAAUUACUUAUUUUGGACCUACCGAAUUGCUAA